AGUUAGGGCAGAUCACAAUGUCUCACAGAAGUGGCUCAUCACCAAGGGGGACAAUUGAUAAAAUAUUCUUUAUGUUGCAAGUCAUGCAACAACAAUUUGAGCAGUUGAACUUGGUGUUGGGGGAAGUGAGGGAUAGGAUUGAUCAGCAAGAAGCAGCGAUUAGAAAUUUGCAAGGUGAAGAUUCAAGGACGAAUUUGUUUAGGAAAGGGGGAAUGAUGAGAAUCAAG